AUGGCCGUCUCCUCGUGCACUUUUGCUCGCUUAAGCAAAUCUCAGCACCCUCACUCACAUGACACACCUAAACAUUCGAUACAACGUACUCUUUCUUUCUUCUCUAGGAACUGUCUUUUUGCCUUUUCUUUAAAAUUCUUUCUUUCUUUCUUCUCUUUCUUUCUUUCUUUCUUUCUUUCUUUCUUUCUUUCUUUCUUUCUCUGCUUCCAGACAACAUUUCUUUCUUUACUCGUGGAUCUCUCAAAAAGUUUUACUGGACAAAAGAAAGAAAGAAAGAAAGAAAGAAAGAAAGAAAGGCAUGUCUUUUUUCUUUUCACCGGUAAAUUUUUUUCUUUCUUUCUGUUAUGCUUUUUAAAUUUCUUUCUUUUGGAUUUUUCAAAACUUCUUUUUCUUUCAUUCUCUCAUCGUGUAUCCAUUUUCUCGCCUUCAUCUGUUAUUGUGUUUCCUUUUAAAUUUACUCUCUCUCUCUCUUAUUUACUUUUAGAUACUUUCUUUGUUUCUUUUUUCUUUCCCCUAUUAUGUGAGUCAUUCCCUUUUCUUUCUUCCUGUGCAUCAUACAUUUUCUAUCUUUUAAUAAACUUUCUUUCUUUUGGGUAUUUCUUUCUUUUUCUUUUUUCAAAACUUGUUUUUUUUUCUAUCAAUCUCUCAUCUAGUAUCCACCUUCUCUACGCACCUUCUGCUUGUCACUUUGCUUCUCCCAUCUCUUCUCCACUUCCUUUCUUUCUUUCUUUAUUUCUUUUCUUUCUUUCCUUCCUUCCUUCCUUCCUUCCUUCCUUCCUUCCUUCCUUCCUUCCUUCCUUUCUUUCUUUCUUUCUUUCUAAUAUCUUUGUUUCUGCUAUCAUUAAUUUUAAUUUCUAUCAUUCGUUUUUUUUUCAAAUCUUCUGUUUUUUUUGCUAUUUACUUUUUCGUAUAUUUUUCCUUCUUUCUUUUUCUAUCUACCGUUAUGUGGUCGUUCUUUCUUUGUCUAAAUCUUUUCUUUUUCUUUUCUUUCUCUUUUAA